GAGAGAGUGAGAGCCUGAGAGGGCGCAGUUGUGCGCGGCGUGACAACCAGUCGGUUUCGGGCGAGCAUGGGGAGCGCACGUGCCUCGUGCCUCAAUAGUAGAGGCUGCUGUCACCGGCGCUCCCAGCAUCGCUGGACGAUGCUACCGUCGACCCAGCUGUCCUUGUUCAUGCUGCCGCUCGUCGUCACCAUACUCCUCGGCACUCACUGCGGCGUCGGACCGACUAACGCCGAGAUAUUCACCAAUAGCUUCCUCGUCAAGAUGAGGCGGCCAGCGGCGAGGACACUUGCCGACCAGAUUGCCGCCAGGAAUGGCUUCGUUAAUCUUGGACCGGUUUUGGGUAGCGAGACGGAGUACCAUUUCGUGCACAGGGCUUUGCCACACGCAAGGAGCAAAAGAUCCGUGCCUCAUACGCGAAGACUGAAAGUGGAUCCUUUGAUUCACACGGCUGUACAGCAAACUGGUUUCAAACGGGUGAAGCGGGGAUACAAACCAUUGAGCGUGGAAAAACUGGUGCCGAUGUACAACGAGAUCCGGAAUCCAGCGUCGAAUCCAGCGAGUCGCGACCCGACGGAUCCGUACUUUCAGUACCAGUGGUAUUUGAAAAACACCGGCCAGAACGGUGGCAAACCCAAGCUCGACUUGAACGUCGAGGCAGCCUGGGCGCAGGGCGUCACCGGCAAAAACGUCACUACGGCUAUUAUGGAUGACGGUGUUGACUACAUGCAUCCUGAUUUAAAGUAUAAUUAUAAUGCAAAAGCUUCUUACGACUUCAGUAGUAACGAUCCAUAUCCUUAUCCGCGGUAUACAGACGACUGGUUUAACAGCCACGGAACGAGAUGCGCAGGAGAGGUGGCCGCAGCGCGUGACAACGGAGUAUGCGGCGUGGGCGUAGCGUACGACUCGAAGGUCGCGGGCAUACGGAUGCUGGAUCAACCCUACAUGACGGACCUUAUCGAGGCGAACAGUAUGGGCCACGAACCGCAUCUCAUCGACAUCUACAGUGCCUCUUGGGGACCUACCGACGAUGGCAAGACCGUCGACGGACCGAGGAACGCCACGAUGCGCGCUAUUGUGCGCGGGGUCAACGAGGGGCGUAACGGCUUAGGUAAUAUAUACGUGUGGGCGUCGGGCGACGGCGGUGAAGACGACGACUGCAAUUGCGACGGCUAUGCGGCGAGCAUGUGGACGGUUAGCAUUAAUAGCGCGAUCAAUGACGGACAGAACGCCCAUUACGAUGAGAGCUGUUCGAGCACACUUGCCUCGACCUUCAGUAAUGGGGCAAAAGAUCCUAACACCGGAGUGGCCACAACUGAUCUAUAUGGACAGUGUACUACAACACACAGUGGAACAUCUGCUGCGGCGCCUGAAGCUGCCGGAGUAUUCGCUCUCGCUUUGGAGGCUAAUCCUCAAUUAACCUGGAGGGACAUACAGCAUUUGACAGUGUUGACAUCAAAGAGGAAUUCGUUAUUCGACGCUAAAGGCAGAUUUCAUUGGACCAUGAAUGGAGUAGGUUUGGAAUUUAACCAUCUAUUUGGUUAUGGUGUGCUAGAUGCCGGUGCCAUGGUUGCCUUGGCUAAAAAUUGGAAAACAGUUCCACCAAGAUAUCAUUGUGAGGCGGGAACCAUUCAAACCGUGCAAGAGGUACCUAGUCACCGAUCCAUCCAAUUGAAGAUCAAGACGGAUGCUUGCACUGGAACGGAUUAUGCUGUAAAGUAUCUUGAGCACGUUCAAGCUGUUAUUUCCGUCAAUGCUACACGAAGAGGUGACUUGGAGCUCUUUUUAACAUCACCUAUGGGAACAAGGUCAAUGAUACUAAGUAGGAGAGUUAACGACGACGAUCAUAGAGACGGUUUUACGAAAUGGCCUUUCAUGACUACCCAUACUUGGGGUGAAUAUCCACAAGGGACAUGGACACUUGAGGUGAGCUUUAACUCACAAGUACCACAAAACGGCUGGAUCCGUGAGUUUACAUUGAUGCUGCAUGGAACUCAUGAGCCACCUUACACCGGUCUACCUGUCGCCGAUCCACACUCAAAACUAGCGAUAGUCAAGAAAGCUCACGAAGAGCGCGACACCGCUAUGUAAUUUAUUUUACUCUUUAUUUCUUUUGAUUGUGCACUCGACGGAUAAUCAGGCGGUGUAGUGUGUACGAAGAAAACGGACGAAGACGUUUUCUAGCGUAUUGGUACGCCGUUAUUGAGGUCUUUUAUUUACAGAUGUCAUUUGUUUUGUUUACGAUGCAAGCUUAUUGUUUUGUAAAUUGAUUUUUGAUAAGGUGUAUGUUGCAGAUUUACACGUAGAAUUAUUAAGCUAAAUAUUUAAGAUUUUCAAUUUAGCCAUGGAAAUUUUAUGAACGUUCUUUAUUGCUAUUCUGCUUAAUAGAUGAACAUUUUUGUUGAAACUUCAGAUUGUAAGUGGUUUUCAAAGAGAUUGUUAGCAAUUUUAUCAGUAAUUUUACGUUUUAUGAUGAAUAAAUUACUUGUUCGGGUGAAGUAUCAUGAAAGAAAUGUAGAAAGAGAGUUGUAUUUUUAAUGACAACAAGUUUAUUUAAUGGCAACAAGUUUAUUUAAUGGCAGCAAAGUUUUUGGAUACAAGUAAAAAACAACUUUUUCUGGUAUGCACGCACAAGAAAAGAAACUUGUUCGUUUAAGCGCUUGGUAAAGUCUGCCGCUGCACCACCCUCACCUUCAGCCAUCGCUCUACCUUUCACCGUUUACUCCCACGAUUGGCUGGAGCACUACCAUUUUUGGGCCUUUCAAGUUCCUUGCUUGUGUUUCUUCAUCGGUCUCUCUUUCCAGCUGUCUCACCACCCCAUAACGAUCGACCACGGUUCAACCCUUUUGGUUAUCACCGUGCUCGAAACAGGAACCCACUCCUUCAUUAUUAGGUGUUAUAGCUUCGGUGAAUGUAGCCGGGCUGCUCUCGCUACAGAAAUUCACCAACGUACACAUGAGCAGUCAGUAAAAGCGUUGGAUUUGCGAUGGAAAUUACUUUACACUUAACGAUGUCGGUUCGAGGGCUACAAGUGCUUCCCUUCGUUACGAUCGCACACAUUCGUACGAACUCACGUGCGCGCGUGCCUACACACACACACAUUGCACCCACUCUUUAAGUUUAUUUAUGACGUGAUCCCGCAAUCACGCCUUACAUUUUUUUGUCGCGGAUUACUCAGAUAGCUGCAGCGUAUGAUGAUCAAAGACGCUAUCUGCUGUCUCGUAACCGCGCGUCUGUUUCAAGACCCAACAGUUCCCUUAUUCAAUCGAUUUGCCAGUGCCAUUCGUACGCAUCUUACCCAACGUUUUCUAUCGAGUUUUAGCGUAAUAUGGACUUUUCCGCUUUUUCUUUAUCUGCAAAUAGACUUUCUACGCUUCUCCGAGUUCGGCCUGUUUAUUAUAUCUUCAACAGUAAUACCUUUCAAACAACUUUUAUUAUCGUAAAACAAACUUUUGACCUGCAAUUUGAAAAAUUACCUUUUUUCUUAUACAUUACCGUAAUACAAGUGAAAAAAAUGUCAAAUAGUAUGUUAGUCUAUACAAAUUUUUUUGAGGAUUAUUUGAAUUUUUGAUUUUAACAAGAUUAUGACUACUACUUCCAUUUUAUAGUUGCCGUCGAUUUGUAUAGAACAUUUGAGUAAGGUUUAAAGCUCAUAUUUUACAGGGCGACAGGCACGAACGGUCAAGUACAUUUCCAAGAAAUAGAAAUUCUAAUACUAAUUAUUAUUUUCUUUCUAUUAUGUUUACUGCGAGGAUUAAUUGCUUAUGUAAAGAAUAAUUUUUGUCAAUUUAGUCUUAGUUGAGCUGAUGAAAUUUUUAAAAUUGUAAGAUUUUUUAUGUGUAUGUUACAGCAACCUUGUUUCGUAAUCAAAUGAAUCGCAGUCAUAUUCUACUUUGUAUUCACUUUUAUUCUAUUACGAGCGAAGUUGAGGAUUUAUUGAUCUUUCAUGUUUGUGUUAAACGGAGAAUAUUGUGCUUGAUCAAGGUAGAUCAAGACAGUGCAAGAGUUUUUACAAAUUAAAAAAUAUUCUUUCACUGUCUUAAUCUACAUUGAUCGAGCAAAAUAUUUUAUACACAUAAAUGUGGAAGGCGAUCAGCCUAAUAAUUUACAAGUUUUUGCAUUUUGAAAGACUAAACUGUAAUUACGUUUAGUCUUUCAAAUAAGACCGACAAGAAGAAAAUUAUAUUACCGACGUCAAAGAGAUACAUUUAUUUGAUAUAUAUAUAUAUAUAUAUAUGUAUAUAUAUAUAUAUAUCGACAAGUUAAGAUUUGGAAACAAGUCAUAUACCAUACCAAAAUACUUAACUAUCUAAAUAAUAUCCAACGUCUCAGGAACGCAUACGAAAGUUAUAUUAGAUUUUGUUUAAUUAAUUAUCGCAUUUUAAACAGAUCAAAGUUAAUUUCAGAACUCACAAUUGUUUCUACCUUCAUUACCAAUGAUUUAAUGCCAAAUAUGUUAUUGUAAUGUCAUAUUAAUUAUUUGUUUUCAAAUUAUUUGAUUGUGGUAUUUUCUAUUUUAUAUGAAUGAAUUAUGUAUUGUAAGUACUUAUUUCAAUCCUUACUAAUACAGUAAAAAAAUUAAAUAAAAUUAUAUCUUCUUUUAUAUCAAAACUAUAUCACAUGUAGUUUUAUUAUAAUAAAUCAUAUAUAUUAAUAGAUUAAUGUUUAAAAAAAAGAUAUUUAGUUGCAAAAACUUAAAAUAAAUAUUUGUAUUUAGCACAAUAUUCAGUAUGCUACUUGAAAUAUGAAAUAUUUGGGAUCAAUUAGAGCAAGAAAAUGAAUUGAGAAUAUAUUAACGAAUUUUUAAAAAAUAGACCUUUACGAAGUUAGAAUGCACAGUGUAUUCAACUUUUUAUGUAAUGCUGCAAGGCAUGCUUCAUAAUUUGAAGCAAUUCAACAUACAACCUUUUUUGUUAUAUUAGUUACCGUUCAAAUACAAAUGAAAAUAUCAGUAUUAAAAAGUAUAGUUAAUGAAUAUAAUGUAUAACUCAGAAACAAAAAAUAUUUAAAAAUUAUACUAUAAGUUAAAGCAUCAGAAUUUUAUAAAAACUUAUCAUGGAAAAAUACAUUACAAAAUUUUUCAGCAUUAUUUCUAGGAACCAAUGAGAUAUAUAUGACGUAUAUUUUUUUUAAAUAUUGCAUUGGAAGUAAAAAUAUAAGUAUAUUUAGAAGUAUUAUGUAUUAAAAAAAAGGAAAUUUGAAUAAUUAACUUCAAGUAAUAAUCCUUGAAACAUAAACUUAUUUCAAAAGAUUUUGGUAUUGUAAGUAUAUUGAAAGUUAUAUAAUAAAAUAUGGAAAAUAUUUCAACUUGAAGAUACAUUCAGAUAUACAGUCACUGAUGAUCUUCAAAACAACACGAAUAAGAAGUUUUUCUAUGUAUACAGUCAAGUAAAAAUGAAUAUGUACACGCUAUGCAGAAAAAAUUAAAGCUUUAAUGAUCGAUUAAUUAUAAAAUAAAAAUGUACAUCAUAAAUUGAUUUUAAUUUGUUUAUUGAAAAGUAGAUAAAGUUUGACGUCGACAUAAAAGAAACAGUAAAUGUAUUAAAAUGAUUUUUUUUAAACCUCUUAAACAAAAUUAUUAUUUCUAGGAAUAAUUUGUUCACUUAAAAAAGAUAUAUACGUGUAUGGACAAAUAAUUUAGUAUAUGUUUUCAGUUAUCAUUAAUACUGCAAACUUAUAUAAAACUUUAAUGUAGAAAGAUAUACAAAAUAUAUCAAUAGAAAUAUGAUAUGUUGAUAAUAAGAAAGUUUUAUGAAUUUAUUUCCUGUACAAUAUAUGUGAUUGAAUAAAG